GCACAGCCGGUGUGUCACAGCUGCAGCACGCGCAUCUAACGGUCCGCUCUAGACCUAAAAAGACAGGCUUUAGGGCGAUUUAUAAGUGUUUGUGUGAUAAAUCUGUUUAUUUUUAAUCGGAAAACUUUUAUCUGUCGUGUCUGGGGUGUUUUAAGCGGCGGUGUGUGUGUUUUAUUGGGCACGUCAUGGCUGACAUCGACAAACUCAACAUAGACAGCAUCAUUCAGCGGCUCCUCGAGGUGAGAGGGUCGAAGCCUGGCAAGAACGUUCAGCUGCAGGAAAACGAGAUCCGUGGAUUGUGUCUGAAAUCCCGUGAGAUCUUCCUCAGCCAGCCCAUCCUACUGGAGCUAGAAGCACCUCUGAAGAUCUGCGGUGACAUCCACGGGCAGUACUACGACCUGCUCCGGCUCUUUGAGUAUGGAGGAUACCCGCCUGAGAGCAACUACCUGUUCCUGGGGGAUUAUGUGGAUCGGGGGAAACAGUCUCUGGAGACCAUCUGCCUGCUGUUGGCCUACAAGAUCAAAUACCCCGAGAACUUCUUCCUGUUGAGAGGGAACCACGAGUGUGCUUCUAUCAAUCGCAUCUAUGGCUUCUACGAUGAAUGCAGGAGACGUUACAACAUCAAGCUGUGGAAGACGUUUACGGACUGUUUCAACUGUCUGCCCAUCGCCGCCAUUGUGGAUGAGAAGAUCUUCUGUUGCCAUGGAGGCUUGUCUCCAGACCUGCAGUCCAUGGAGCAGAUCAGAAGAAUCAUGAGACCCACAGAUGUUCCUGAUCAGGGUCUCUUGUGUGACCUGCUGUGGUCUGAUCCAGACAAGGAUGUUCUGGGAUGGGGAGAGAACGACCGAGGAGUGUCCUUCACCUUUGGAGCUGAAGUGGUGGCCAAAUUCCUGCACAAACACGACCUGGAUCUCAUCUGCAGGGCCCAUCAGGUGGUGGAAGACGGUUACGAGUUCUUUGCUAAGAGACAGCUGGUGACUCUGUUCUCCGCACCAAACUACUGCGGAGAGUUUGACAACGCUGGAGCCAUGAUGAGCGUAGACGAGACCCUCAUGUGCUCUUUUCAGAUUUUGAAACCAGCCGAGAAGAAGAAACCAAACUCCAGCCGUCCGGUGACUCCACCCAGGAACAUGGUCACCAAACAGGCCAAAAAAUGAGCUGGCCGGUGUGACCCGUCCGGACUUGUAUCAUACAGUCUCCAUGCGUCACAGCGUUGGAGUCGCGCUUUACGGUCACUUAGACUGACUCUGAACUGUUUGUUUGUUUUUGUAGCAUUUUCCUUCUGUUUACCGUCCUUUUCCCCCACGACCCGUGGAGCGGCCACUCGGAUCUCAGAGGGAGCGUUUUCAUUUCGAGUUUUAAUGUUUUCAGUCAUUCUCGGAGACGAUAAAGGCUUUUAUAUGUUACGUCACGCAAGCUCCGCCCACCAUAACCACGGCAACACCUUGUUAAUAAACACAGGGAUGAACCCAAUCUCGGGAAUUGAACGUUUUGACACGUUGUUUAAAAUGAUUUGCGCUCCCGAUUGCUUGUUCAGACCACUGUGAACAAAUGAAAUGUUUUUACUCCAGUAUGAAGCAAAUAGCAGCGCUCUGUUUUCAACUUUAGCACCUAAAUCUUUUCUGCAUUUUGCAUUUUUUUGUCUUGUGAACGUGCCAUGAGAUUUGACAAAUUUUCAAACGUGUUACGGUUGUCAUUAUUUUGUAUUUUUAAUUCUUUUAAACCGUUUAGACAGGAUACAGCAGUACAGAGUGUGUGUGUGUGUGUGUGUGUGUGUGUGUGUGUGUGUGUGUGUGUGUGUGUGUGUGUGUGUGUGUGUGUGUGUGUGUGUGUGUGUGUGUGUGUGUCUUUA